AUCUGAGUACGUGUACACGGCCGCUGGUUGUUCGUCAUUUUUUGUGUUGGGGUCUGUCACGAACUCACGAUUCACGAAUCACAUUUGCUCCUUCCUAGUUUGCGGUCUGCGUCAAGGCCUUUGUCGAGUGAGAAGUCCGAGGCUCCGCCGAGCAAAGCCAGAACAAAACAAUCCAUUUCUUCUUCUGCUUUUGUGCCCUAGAUCCUUGUUCCCUGUUGGGAUUCUUUACUGCCUUCUAUUCUCUUUCAUCGUCUUUCCGAUUCAUUCAGUCUAUUUUGUCGAUAUUUCAACAAUGAUCCGCUUCAUUCUACUACAGAACAGGCAAGGAAAGACUCGUCUGGCCAAGUAUUACGUCCCUCUCGAGGAAUCUGAGAAACACAAAGUCGAAUACGAGGUUCAUCGAUUGGUGGUCAAUAGGGAUCCCAAAUUCACGAAUUUCGUUGAGUUCCGCACCCACAAGAUUAUCUACAGGCGAUAUGCUGGUUUGUUUUUCUCAAUUUGUGUUGACAUCACGGAUAAUGAGUUAGCAUACUUGGAGUGCAUUCACUUAUUUGUGGAGAUUUUGGAUCAUUUCUUCAGCAAUGUGUGUGAACUGGAUUUAGUAUUUAAUUUUCACAAGGUGUAUUUGAUACUUGAUGAAUUCAUCCUUGCUGGGGAGCUCCAAGAAACUAGCAAGAAGGCAAUCAUAGAGAGAAUGGGUGAGUUGGAGAAACAAGAGUGAGCUGAUUGUGCUAAGGAUUUCCUGGAUCUUGCAUUGGUCUUAGUUCCUUGUUUGGUUCCCUUCUGUUCAUCAAAUUUCGAAGCUGCUUCUGGGCCUUGCAAAAUCACAAUGAAUGCGAAGAAUGAUCAAGAUGGAACUGCCUUCAUUUUCCUCCUAUUUUUUUCCCAUUGUAUUGUGAAAUGUGGUAAUUGGUGUAUUCCUUCUUCAAAGUGGAUGAGCACAACAAAUCUCAUGUACUUGUGUGUUUAUAUGUCCUAUGUUACAAAUUUCUAAUGGUUCUUGUAACUUCAUUCGCAUCUCAUGUUUUUGUAUGCUAAACAGGAAUCAUUCUAUGAAGUGCUUUAGUUCAGCUUUAAA